AUGGAAUGUACUGAGAGGUGUUAUUUUUCAUCAGAACACAAGAGUAUUUUCAAAUAAAUAUGUCUCAAUUUCUUGAUAUUACUUUGCCUGAAUAUGUUGGAAGUGACGAAAAUAUUGAAGAAAUAUCCAUCGGAACCUUCUGUGUUUGUUGUCUUUCCCGUAAAAAUGUAUUCGUCAAUUUAUUAUCAUGUAAACAUUCCUCUUUUUUGGAAUGUUUUUUCAAAUAUAAGAUGGAGUCCCCAAACAACUUUGUAUGCGUAUUAUGCCACAGAAUGUUGGAAAAAAUAGACAAAUUCAAAUGCCAAGUUGAAGAGAGUGUCUUAGUUUUGAAUGAGCAGAGACCGGAUAUCAAAGUAUCAAAAUUCCAUCAUCUGCAAGUAUCAAAAACUGAAACGACAUCAGUGAACUAUGAUGAUUUUAAAAACGAAAAUUCAAUGGAUGAUGAUUGUAAAAGCGAUAAUGAGGUGCAGUGUGAUGGUAAUAAGGUCCAUUUUGACAUAGCUACAGAGGUGAAGGUGGAACGCGAUUCCUCUGACCAGGAUGUGCCUCUGGCAGAAGUUAAGAAGCAAAGGAAAAGAAAGAGAAAGGAACUAAAGAAGGAUAAGGUACCUAAAAAGCGUUCAGCAACACAAACAAUUGAACAGAAGUACGCCGGCAAACUUCGCACAGUCACUCUCACCGAGCAAGAGAUGUUGGAAGAGAGAAGGGAGUUGAGCCGAGAGGAGAAGUACCUCCGGCUGCCGUACAAAUGUGAGAGCUGCGUUGUCGGCUUUGAGUUCGAGAUGGCGUGGAAGAGUCAUGUCGAGAAGCAGCAUAAUAAGACGGGAUUCACAUGCGAAUUGUGCAAGUCAGUGCUGAGUUCCGCCUCGUCUCUGAAGGAACAUGGCAGACGACAUCUCCGAAGGUACGAAUGCACAAUAUGCAAGAAGCGAUAUAAGGAUGAAUACAGCGCGGUGCAACACUUCAAUGAAUUACAUAGUGUAGCCGGCGCCAUCAUGGUCGAAUUCCAGUGUCCGCAAUGCGAUUUCUCUACAAGAUCACACCGAAGUCUGAGAUAUCACAGGUCCAAACACAAGCAGGACAAAGAUAAAUGCAGCAUCUGUGGAAACGAAUUCACGAAUAAAAGCAGUCUCAAAAUACACAUGUACACGCUCCACAAGCAGUCGUCGCGCGUGUACAAGUGCGAGCCUUGCGGCAAAGUGUACCGCGGCAAGUCGGGGCUGUUCACUCACCUGAGCACCGCGCACGAUACUGCCGACCGCCGCGCGUACUGCGUGUCGUGCCGCACGUAUUACAGGACUGCGCAUAAUUUGGCGCAUCAUUUGCGCACGCAUUCAAGUCAUAUUACUGAAGCGGAGAAGAAGUUUGGUUGCGACGAGUGUGGCUCUCGAUUCAUUUCGAAAUCUACCCUCAAAAGUCACAUAGAAUGGGAGCAUCUUGAAAUAAGGAACAACAGAUGCACCAAAUGUUCCAAGGUGUUUCGAAGAAGCACGACUUUGAAGAAACACGUGGAGUUCGUUCACGAGAAAAAACGGCCGCCGCGGAACAAGAUAUGCGACUACUGCGGUCAGGGGUUUACUACUGCAGCGAUCUUGCGGUCUCACAUUCGCACUCAUACAGGCGAGCGACCUCACCGCUGCGUGCACUGCGGAGCAACCUUUGCGCAUUCCUCGGCGCUGUACAACCAUAACAGGCUGUUACACAACCCUGAGAGGGAUAGGAGACAGUAGUGUCCAUUACUGGUGAAAAGACUGGCUGCGGUAUUGCGAUUUAUGACUACAAUAGGAUAUUGCACUAUCUUGCGAGAGGUAUGACGCCAUAGUGCUCAACUGUGAUCGCUGGACAAGUAGCAGGAAUGUCCAUUACUGGUGACAGGAUAUGUAGUACUGUUUAUUACUGGUGACGGUAUAGGAAGUAUUGUCCAUCACAGAAGCCAAGUCGUAAAAAAAGUGAAAAUAAAUAUUUACACAAUU